AUGUCACAAGUCUUACCGCCAGGGUGGAUAGAAGAGGUUGACGCAAAUAACAAUACAUAUUAUUUUAAUCCUGAAAAAAACAUAUCAUCGAUGAGCUUUCCGACCAAUAAACAACAACAACAACCACAACAACAACAAUGGCAAGAACCUCCUCCCCCAUACCAUCAACAACAACAACAACAAAAUUUUAACCAUUAUCAGAAUCAGCAGCAGUACCAGAAUCAGAAUCAACAGCAGUAUCAAAAUCAGCAUCAACAGUAUUCACAGCAGCAGUAUCCACAGCAGCAGUAUCCACAACAGCAGUAUUCACAACAGCAGCAGCAACAACCACAUUACUCCUUUAAUCCCAGUACUUCCGUAAUAGUAAAUCAAAUACAACCACAACAACCACAACUGCCACAACCACAACCGCCACAACAACAUUAUUCUUAUAAUACUACUUAUAACAAUGUAGUGAAUCCCAUACCACCGCCAAAACAACAACAAAUUUCAACUUAUAAUGUAGGCUCUAAUGCAGUCGUCCCUCAUUCAACACAAACUAAUAAUCAAAAUUAUAAUAAUACAACUCAAACUACUACUUAUCAACAACAACACCAACAGCCCGCACCAAUUGUAAAAGCAGCAGCAGUUGGUGUAAAAGCGACAGCUAUUGUUUGUAAUUCGAUGGCUCGGGGUCUUGCAAGCGCGUUUACUCCAACUACUAGGACCACCAUUAUUACAAAUAAUACUGUACAAACAAAAGUACAACGACCAUCGCAAACAGUAGUUCCAACAUAUAACGUUAAUAAUAAUACUCUACAUCAAAGAAAUCCAUCAUCAGAAAAUACACAACGACCUAAAAAGAAUCAACGACCACCCCCCGUUGAACCUCAACUAAAGAAAUCAAUAAAACAAAAAACACCCAAAGUACAAAAACUUCCUGAACCUCAACAGCCGCAAAAACAAAAGUCCAUAAAAAAAAAAUUACUUAAAGUACAAGAAUCUCUUGAAUUUCAUGAGCCACAGAAACAAAAAUCCACAAAACAAAAACUACAAAAUUCAAGAAAAGUCCAAACAAAAAAUCGGAAACAAACACAGCAACAACGAACUCGAACAAAAGAAGUCCCACGAAAGCGAGUACCAAGGCGAACACGUCGGCCACAACCAAACAGACAAGCAGACGAGCAAGAUCCAAAUCAAGAUGAUGAUGCAUCUGCACAAAAUUGUGAGGAUGACCAAAAUGAUAAUGCUGAGGAUGCUGAAAAUGAUUUUGACAUUGGUUCUGGAGGUGACGCUUUUGACAUGACUUCAUUAAAUGAUUCUCUUGAUACUGGAGGUGGAUUUGAUCUUGGUGGUGGUGGUGGUGGAUUUGAUCUUGGUGGUGGUGGUGGAUUUGAUCUUGGUGGUGGUGAUGGUGGAUUUGAUCUUGGUGGUGAUGGUGGAUUUGAUCUUGGUGGUGGAGGUGGAUUUGAUCUUGGUGGUGGAGAUGGAUUCGAUUUCGGUGGUGGAGGUGGAUUCGAUUUCGGUGGUGAUGGUGGAUUCGAUUUUGGUGGAGGUGGAUUCGAUUUUGGUGGUGAUGGGUUCGAUUUCGGUGGAGAUUUUGAUCCAUGCAUCUCCAUUGCAUGGUGUAAAAAAUAUGACAUACCAAUUGCUAAGAUUUUUAACAAAAGUCUUCAUGAAAAAUUCUGGUGGGCAUUGGAUGUCGAUGCAGAUUGGUUUAAAAUGCGUAGAAAGGAGCUGUCAGUUGUUCAACGUGAGCGAAUUAUUGGUGCAUAUAUUAAUGGCGUUAAACAAAAAGUUAUUUUUGCUCAGCUUGAUAUUCCUACCAGUACAAUAAAUGAUACUAUCAAACGGUAUAAAGAAACAGGUUCUGCAACACCUGAAAAACGUCCCGGUUAUCCAAAACUGCUCACUCAACGUGAUACACGCGUUUUACAACGUAUCGUCCAUGAUAACCUAUUUUCCCCUCUUGGUGAUAUAACAAAUAAAUUUAAUUCUCAUCUUAACACAACUUUGCAUUAUAAUACAGUUAGAAACUAUCUUCAUGACGAGGGUCUAG